AUGCUCUCGCUCUCCCGCACCUCCCUCGCACGCCCUACGGCGGCGAUUGCGCGCGCAGUCGUCGCCGCCCCCAAGCGUGGCUACGCGUACGACCGCCCGUCCUACACCGAGCGCCCGAACCGCCCUUACGGCGACCGCCAGACCCGUCCCUCUUUCGACCGCGGUGAACGCCCGAACCGUCCUUAUGGCGAUCGCGGUGACCGCCCGAACCGCACCUUUGGCGACCGUCAGGACCGUCCGUUUAACCCGAGCCACCGCGGCAGCAACCAGGGAAAGCGCUUUUCGGAGACCGUUCUCUACCUUCCGAAUGGUGUCGUCGCCAGGCGGACGCCGGAGACUGCGCCGGUGCUGCUGACCCUCGCCGACCGGUCUGUCGAUGAGAUCACUGCGCUCAUCCAAGGAGCGCUCACUCUCAAGCUUGUGCAGAAGAACUUUGGCCCUCGCUUUCUCGGAGACAGCAUGCGCAAUCGCUCAAUGGCCAUGACCUUCUCUAAGCGCAGCACCCGUACCCGCGUGGCGACCGAGACAGCGACGAGCAGCCUCGGCGGCGUGUCCAUGUUCCUUGGCCGUGACGAUAUCCAGCUCGGUGUCAACGAGAGCCUGUACGACAGUGCCAAGGUCAUUGGCUCAAUGGUGGACGGUAUCAUGGCCCGCGUGGCCAAGCACGAGGAGGUUGAGACUCUCGCCAAGCACUCUGGCGUUCCCGUCAUCAACGCCCUCUCGGACCUCUACCACCCGACGCAGAUUCUCGCCGACAUUCUCACUCUCGUCGAAGAGGCACAUGGGCCCUUUGUGUUCCCAUCGCAGGUGACGACCAGCGAGGGCAGCAGGUACCACUGGAUGCACGAGUGGGUGCGCAACAACGUCGACAUUCCCGGUGCGCUCCGUGGUAAGAAGAUGGCGUGGGUUGGCGACUCGAACAACAUCUCCAACGAGUUGCUCGUUACGCUCCCCCGUUUCGGUGUUCACUUUGCCCUCGCCGCGCCCAAGGGAUACGACACGAUUGACCCGCGUGUCAAGGCCACGCUCGAGGCACAGGGUGUCGCCGACAUGAUCACGUACACCAACGACCCCGCUGUUGCCGUCAAGAACGCUGACAUUCUGAUCACGGACACGUGGAUCAGCAUGGGUCAGGAGGACGAGACGGCUGCCCGCCUCAAGGCGUUUGAGGGGUACCAGAUCACGAUGGACAUGGCUCGCACCCAUGGCGCAAAGGAGGGAUGGAAGUUUAUGCACUGCCUCCCCCGCCACAAGGAGGAGGUUGACGACGAGGUCUUCUACUCGGACCGUUCGCUUGUCUUCCCCGAGGCCGAGAACCGCAAGUGGACCAUCAUGGCUUGUAUUGAUGCCAUGGCCGGCUGGUGGUUGCCUGCGCGUAAGAACCGCAUGCGCAAGGCUGAUGACAUGGUCGAGGAGGCCUAG